AGAAGGAAAAUAAAUGAAAGCUUGCCCUACAUUAAAGAUACUUCUUGCACACCAAGAAACUGAUAAGAUUUUUAUGACCAUAUAUAUGCAUGUUAGAUCUUUAGAUCCUAUUUUGUGAAAGAAAUCUCUCCUGGGUUUUUGUCUUUCCUGGGACUUGAAGCAACCCACAUAGAAAGUUUAUUCCAAUCUAUUGAAAAAUAUAUACUUUUUCAAAUGACUGGUUCACCACCAACCAUGGAACCUCAAAAUCAGCAACGGCAGGAGCAAGAGCAGAAUCGACUCUGCGAUUACUGCAAUGACUGUACGGCACUUCUCUAUUGCCGAGCCGACUCAGCGAAGCUCUGUUUCUCCUGCGACAGAGAGGUCCACUCCACAAACCAGCUCUUCUCUAACCACUCUCGGUCGCAGCUCUGUGAGUCCUGUUGCGAGUCCCCUGCUUCAAUCUUCUGUGAAACGGAGCACUCUGUUCUGUGCCAAAACUGCGACUGGGAUCGCCACGGAUUGUCUUUAUCUUCCUUGCACAAUCGGAGGCCGAUUGAGGGGUUUACUGGGUGCCCUAGUGCGAGUGAAUUGCUAGGGAUUUUUGGGUUCGACGAUGUUGAUAGCAAGACUCUAUCUUUGAAUGAAGAUAGUGAUUAUGGUGGGUUAGGGGAUGAUGGGUAUCUGGAUUUCUUGGUGUGGGAUACCCCUGUUGUUAGUGUUGAUGAUAUGAUAGUUUCCAGUGGUUCGAGUCAUGAUUUUCAGGCUAUGGAUGUUCCUCCUCUACCAAAGAAUCGUAAUGCUGCUUGUGGGAAAGAAAAGGAAGAAAUGCUUCGUCAGCUUCGUCAACUGGCGAAGUUGGAACCUAAUUUCAAUUUCACUAGUGUAGAUGUUGAGCCGAUUAGAGGAUUUCAGUCACUGGAGACUGGACAAAUUCGGUACCAUGAAGAGACGCACAUAGACCAGAAACCUGAUGCACAGCCAACUUCAUUUCCUACUUGCGAGGAUAAUGUGCUGCAGUGGUUGAGUGACAGUGGUGAGGGUGCACCGGGUUUCUUUCCUUCUACAUUAGUAGGAAACCAUUUUGAGGAAAAUAAUGUAGUUCCUGAGAAAUAUUCAGAUGGUGGCAGCGGAUGUCAUACUAGCAAUACUCGUGAGGGACAGCCACCUGAUUCCAUUCCUACUGAAAACGUGUCAAAUUUCCCAAAAUUUGCUCAUUAUGAGUUGAACAGCCAGGAGAGAGACUCUGCAAUCUCACGAUACAAGGAGAAGAAGAAAACAAGAAGGUACGACAAGCACAUUCGAUAUGAGUCAAGGAAGGCUCGGGCAGAAAGCAGAAUGAGAAUCAAAGGACGUUUUGCCAAGACAGAUAACUGACUACUGGUGUGGAGGUGUGCCAUCUGACAAGCAUGGCCUAUCGAUUUGUGAGUUUUGACUUAGAUAACAGCUCGAAUCGGGUAAUUUCUUUGCUUGGAAGGACCACUGCAUUCUGAAAUGUUACGUGCCAGGGUUCAGGUGAAGAAGUUGUGUAUUUGGGAAUCAUUAAGCUCAAAUAUGGACUUGCAGCUUUCUUUGCAUAAUGUAGAGAAUGGUGAUUUUGUUUGGUUUCU